AUGUCAAUUUUCAGUAACCCUAGCGCCAGCAUCCUUGGUAUCAUAGCCACCUUGGUCGCUGGCUAUAUAGUCCAUCAAAUAUGGUUUCAUCCACUAGCUAAAUACCCUGGCCCCCUGCUUGCAAAGUUCACCCACUUGUAUACAAUCUAUCAAGCCUUUAAGAGCAACCGUCAUGCCGAUUUAUACAGGCUGCACAAACGACACGGACGGAUUGUCCGAUACGGCCCAAACCACAUUUCCAUCAACGAUGCGCAAGCCCUAGAAGCGAUCUACGGCCAUCAGGCCAACGUCCAGAAAACCAGGUGGUACAGUUCCUUUUACAGCGUGAGUAUUUUCAACGCCGUGGACAAGUCAGUGCAUGCCCGGAAAAAGCGCGUCAUGUCGCAGGCAUUCUCCGACCAAGCCCUGCGCGGUAUGGAACCACACGUCCUUUCAGCGAUUCGAGAAUGGUGCAAAGGUCUGGGCGACAAUGCCAAGGAGAAGUCUCACGGUUGGUCGACGCCAAAGGACAUGGCGCACUGGAGCGCAUGUAUGGUCUUUGACGUGUUGGGAGAGGUCUGCUUCGGAAAAAGCUUCGAGGCCUCCUCCAGCGAUAAAAACCACUUUUUUAUUCCGUUGAUGGGGUUGAAUGUUCGGACUCUGAAUAUUUGCGGGCAGAUGCCAGUGCUGCGACACAUUGGAGUGGAGUGGUUCCUUAGACGUGGCACUUCAGCGGAUCGCCAGAAGCAGCUUGCCUUUUCCCGCAAACAAUUAACGGACAGACUUGCGGUGAAUAAAGAAACUAGCAAACGCAGGGAUAUCAUAUACUACUUGCAGCAGGCGCGGGAUCCCGAAACUGGGGAAGGUUACUCGCAGAUGGAGAUGCUUGGAGAAGCAAACCUACUCCUCGGGGCCGGAUUUGAUACGGCCAACACUGCAUUAGCGGCCACAUUUUACUUUCUGUGUAAACACCCAGAGGUCCUCGCACGAUUGACAUCUGAAAUUCGGGAUGCGUUCCCAGAUGUGGAAUCCAUUGUAUCCGGACCCUCGAUGCAAAAGAUGACCUACCUACGCGCCUGUCUCAAUGAGAGCAUGCGGUUAUGCCCUCCAGUCCCAAUGGACCUUCCACGAGAGGUCUUGCCUGGUGGACUGCGUGUCAUAGACCACUAUUUCCCCGCUGGGACCAUAGUCGGAGUACCCACUUACUCUCUACACCACAAUGACGCCUAUUUUGAUGAUCCUUUCGUCUAUGAUCCCAGUAGGUGGUAUCUUCGGGGCAGUGCAGACCGUGAGGGUGAGGGUGUUUGCGCGGAGGUUCUCGCCCGGCAGAGAGACGCAUUUGCACCUUUUAGCAUUGGGCCACGGGCAUGCAUCGGGAGAAGUGUCGCGCUCAUGGAACUUGAGGUGGGUCUUGCCAGGGCGUUGUGGCUUUAUGAUCUCAGGCUUGCACCAGGAAUGGAGCAGAUUGGGGUUGGUCCUCACGGCGAAUACAAGAUUAAAGAUGACUUCAUGGUAGGUAAGGAAGGGCCAGUAGUACAAUUCCGGAGCAGGCUAUAA